CAGGGAAUGUGGAUCAAACUGAAUCAUUUUCGGAGGGCUCAGAACUGCCUAACUAGCUGUAAUCCAAUGCUUAACAGAAAUCUGCUAUGCAUUUCUCAAAGAACUUUUGCCAGGAAGAAGGUUUGGAGAGACAAAGAUCCAGAUGUGAUUGCAGAAAGAAUGGAAUACUAUAGACAAAUCACUGAAUAUAGAAGGAGACAUAAGGAAGAUUAUGAGAGGCAUGUAGCAGAGGUUGACAGUAAAUUCUGGGACCCUGACAGUGACCAACUUCCUCCAGUUCAGGAAAAAAUGCUUUCAGAUCUAAGGCAAAGACAGACUAAUGAAAGGACAAGCAUAAUCAAGGUUGCUAUGCUUGCUAAAAACAAGAUUAGGCAUUUACACAAGAGAGAAAUUGAGACAGAGGAGAAAAAUAAGUGGCAUCGUAUUAAGGAUAUGCAGAAGUUAAGAGAGAGGCAAAUGUACUUACAAGCUCUGAAGAUCGAUACUUCUGCACCAGUCCCAUCUCCCACUAUCGUUGACUUUACACAUUAUUAUGAAAGAUUACAGAAUUUAGCAAUGCUUACUAUUCAUGGAAAUUAUUCUGAAGCUGAGAAGUUACUAAGGAAUGAGGAAACAGUUGAGGAGAAAAAUAUCUACCUUCAACCUUUGUACAGAAAUCUCAAGAAGUGCAUCAGGUUCAUCACAAAGACUGAAGAAGCACAAAUAACCAAAAAGUAUCAUAGACUCAUGGCAGGUGUUAUAACUGGAGCUAUGGAUGACCAGGAGAACCUCCUCAAUGACCUCAAGGAAAAGUAUGAGAAUGAACUUUUGCAGAUGAAAAAGAAAGAUAGUGUUCCAAAAAUGAAACUUAAGAAGUUAGAAACUAAUAUUACCUCUCUAUUUCAUCUUAUAAUGCUGUGGACACAGUAUACUGAUAUUAUUUAUCUUCCAGAGAACGCAGUGCAGGCUCUCAAGUUUGGAAGGCUCAAUGUUGGCGAUACAAGUUCAAGUGCAGCUCAUGAGCAACAAGAAUACCUAAAGAAAGUCCUCGACACUGGGAAAAAGGUUGAGGAAUUUGCCUACCAAACAGUUGAGGAAGGGAUUACAACAGAUACCACUGACUCUUCAGAAGGAGAAGUCAUCACUCCUGUUCAGGAGGAAAGCGAGGAAGAGCUCCCCAUCGGAGAGGAUGAUGGUAUCCUCAGCCAACUUAUGGCUCAAGAAGAUGGGGAUGAAGUUCAAGACGGAAAAAUUCUCAGCUUCGCUAAUGAAGAAAUGGAACUUGACGAAGAAAGAAAGCAAGAUAUCAAGUACGAAUAUGGUCUUGGAGAUUCUGACCUUAGAGAUUUCAAAGCUGAAGUUCAGAGAGAAAAGAUCAAAUCUGAAACAGAUGAGAUGAAAUCCUUAACCAGCCAAUCCAACCUCACCAUGUUUGGUAUUGAAGAAUCAAUGGAGGAAAAGCAAAGGCCAAAGACAGAAUACGAGAUGGAGAAGUAUAUUAAAGAGCAGUUGGAAGAGAUCUCAGCUAACUUAGGAGCAGCAGAGAAUGAUUAUGAUAAUUAUAUCCCAGAUUCAGGAAUUGACCCAUAUAAUCCUUCAGAUCUGCUCACUGAAAACUUAGUCAAGGGAAAUAACACUUCUAUUGUCAUGGAUGUGUACUUUGAUAUGCUAAAGGAUAUCCCUGAUGGAACCCUCACAGAAAAUGAAUUGGAGACCAAGAAAAACUUGAUUAAAUUGGUCGAUUAUAUUAGUCAGGUUAGAAUCCUUGAUGCUCCAGUUCUUUCAGAGAUUUAUGAGAUGUACCGCUAUAAAUAACUUUUUGAAGCAUUCAAUCACUUAAAUGAUAAA